UCGGCGCCUAAGGGAGGAGUUGGGCGCGGAGCGAAGGAUUCGCGCCGGGAACCGCCACCCCCCCGCCGCGCCAGGAGGGGGCCGUCCUGCCGGCCCAGGGGGUGGCGGCGGCGGCGGCGGCUGGGCUGGGUCCUUUAGCCGCGUGCUGGGGACGGCGCCCCGCCCCGCCCGGGGGUCCCUCCCCCUCCGGCUGCCCGCCAGCCGGGAGGGCAGCGGCCGAGUGCCCGGCUGGCGCCCCGGCGGGGUGGGCCGGGCCGGGCAGGGUUGGGCUGGGCUGAGCCGGCGGCUCCCGCCGGUCUCUUUCCCUUCCUUUUCCCGGGCCAGCCCCUCCCCCCCAGCCCAUUGAUUUCCAGGCAGGGAGCCGCACGCGGCGCUGCUGGGAUGUGCCAGGCCGCCGCCGGGCCCUGCUCUCCUCCCCAGCCCCAUUACCUGGCUCGGCCCCGCUUGACUCGGCGCUGCCGGGUCUCCCUCGCCGCAGCCCCCGCCUCAGCCCGGCCCGCUCCGCCUACUGUUACAGCCCGUCGGGGAACAAUGACGUCCCUCCGCCGGCCUCUUGCAUCCGGGGCCCGGCGCCGGCCCGGCAAGCGGGCGGGGGGAGGAAAGGAGGCGGUGGCGGCGGCGGGGGGGAGAAGCGAGCUCCUCCGGGUCACACGGGGACCAGCACCGCCCCUGUGCCGCUGCCGGGAGCCGCUAGAGGGGGCUCGGCGCCCCCCUGCCAAGGAGAGCGGCCGUGGGCGCCGCGCUGAGUUCCCGCGGGGCUGCGGAGCCCCCCUGGGCGUGUUGAGAGGGGCCAGCCCUGCUGCCUGGGAGACGCCUCAGCUCCCCACGACGAAGCUGCAGUCUGAGUUGCUUCCUUCAGCCGUAGCGUUCCUGUGCUUCUCUGCCUUCCGGGCCCUAUUUUCCCUGCUGCCAUUUAUUCUUCCAGUUAAUGUUUUAUUACUCCACGCUCAAAGAGCGCCCAUAAACGCUGGCCCGGGGCCACCCGCAGGAAGGCUGGCAGGCCCCACCGGCCGGAGCGAAGGCUGA